AUGGGUAAUUUUCCACUGUGCCGCAUUGUGAUGGAUGACGCAGACAACAGUGAUGGUAAGUAACACAACAACCUGUGUACUUGAAGAAUUAUACUGACCUCUAAGGUUAAAAAUAAAAACAAAGACUCGUUAAAAAAACUGCUUUCCAUACUACCUUACCACCCCGGCCCCCCACCCCCUCCUGUCAUGGUACUACUUUUAACUUUAUGUUGUUGACUAGUACAUAUUAAUUACACUUAAAAAAAAAGUUUAUUUUUAUAUUUAAAAAAAUGCAUGGUUUUUAAUUUCUUUUGGUUUCAGAAAUUUAUUUUACACAAACGUGUACACUGCCUUUCAUUCAAUCCUUUACAGACACUCCCUUUUAAAAAAGGACCAUUGCCUAUCUUUGAAAUCAGCUUACUAAACAUUCCUUAACACAGGACACAGCAUCUCACAGCCUCACACAACAGCACAGCAUAUGGCCGUAAAAACCUUUCUCUGUCUGAAUCACACUUUACUCACUCACUGCUAGCUGGCUACAAUUCUCACAGGCAAAAUACCUUUUACAUUGCAAUGACAAAAACAAUAAUCCUCAUACCAGAUCAGUUAACAUUCCUUCUCAUCCAAUGACCGAUAAGAAUAAUUCUAACCAGAUUUUAGAGUUACAGAGAGAGGGGAAAAAAAAUUCUCUCUUUUUUUACAUUUUUUUAAUUCUGUUACAAAAUGGAGUCACCUCUGUUCUUAUGGUGCCUUACAGUAUACAUUUUUAAUUUCUUUCUUUAUACAAAAUGUCUGUCAGUGGAAAUACCCUGACAAUGCUUGGGGAUACCCCUAUCACCUCAAGGUGUUUCACAAUGGCAAGAAUUAGAGUUGUACCUCCCUAAAAAUUUCUACAUCCUUUCUAAAUGCCCUGGGGAUUCCUGUGCCUGAAAACUAUAGCUGCCCAUAUUCGGUGGGUUAUUCGGUGUUCUUUUACUAAGCAUGCUUCCCACUAUAUAAACAAAAGAAUGGCGGAGAUCAUUUUUUUUCAAUCUCAAUUAUGUAAACUGGAGUUUCGAAAUAAAUCUAAUCCUUCUGAGGCAGUUACACACACUCUCCUCCAGAGUAGGCAGGACCUUAGGGCUCUUCUUUUGGAUUACGCCUGCAGAUCUCUAUUGCAAACUAUUUUCAAGAUGGACAAGCCUCUUGCCCACCAUCUCAGGCUUCACACACACUAUCUCAAAAAUGAAAGGUCUGCUUUCCUACUGACAUCCAUGAUGUUUUUACCUAGUUUUAUUCUACGAUUUACAAUCACUCUUCACUCAACCACUCUGCUGGGGGGCCUGUGCUUUGUGGAGAGCUUUCAUCCCUGCAACUCAACUCUCCUUACCAUAGUUAAAUGGAGCCCAGGUUGAGUUCCUUUCAGCCACAAUCACAGAUAUGGCACUGGUCAUAUCCUCUAUAACAGCAUAAAAGGCCUCAGGCCUAGAUGGCUUCACAAUGGCGUGCUACCAACAUUUUUUUUACAGAAGCUGAUUCCCCAGCUUCUAGCUUUGUAUCAUGCUAAUUAAAAAGUAGGAUAAACUACCCAAUAAAAUAAUAAACUUCCAAUGGAAAAUAAAGAUGCAUUCUUUUAUGUUUUUCGGUAUUUUCUGAGUCUGAUCACGUAAUCGGCAUCAAUGACUAAUAACCCAUCAUCGUUUCCCUAGACCGAAUCAGCUUUCGUGACCAGACUAACUUUAUUUUUGUCAUUUUCUUUUCUUAUAUCUAUACACCUUUCUGUCCUUUUAGUUUCUUGCUCAUUGUAUUUAGUACAUUGCUCAUAUCGGCUCUGCCAUUUUGUUGGCAACCGAGUCUAAUGCUUGCUUUUAUAAGGGAAUAUUAUUUUGCCUAAUAAAAAAAGUAUACUAAUAACACAAUAGCUGCACUAUGGUCUGCAUUUUACUUUGGGUUUUUUAGGCUAAACCAUGUGUCCAUGAUUUUAUGUGCUUACACCCAAUCAUAUUGUUGUUUAAGUUUAGAAUUAGCUGUUUGGAUUCAGGUUCAAAUUAUUAUUAGAGCCAGAAAACAAGGUGCAAGGGAGUGCUGAGAACGGACAACAGCUUCAGUGGGUUCGGUGGGUCCCCGCUCAGAUCUCAAGCUGGUUUUAGCUCACCUUGAGCCUUUACAUAGAGAACCAGGCCAUUUGCAUUACAGACUGUUCCCGUCCAAAAGGACAUUUAAAAAACAGACUGGUUCUCUCUGCAUGAAAGAUACAGCAACCCCAGACAGCAAGAGGUCCACGGCUGGAUUAACCUUUAAACUUAGGGAGACCAAAAAACAAGUUGCAAGAGAGUACUGAGAACAGACAACAGCUCAAAUAACUAGCAAAGAAAUCCCUCUGCUGAAAUUCACAGGCACGCCAGGUAAACCUGCUAAUUUUUUGAGCGGACACGCCCCAAUUACUGGAUGGGCCUGCCCCCUUUGUGCAGAGCCAGUGACAAGAUCUCAUUACUGGGCAGCUCCCAUUACCCCCCUCCAAUUGGCAUCCAGCUUUUCAGGAUGCCAGUAUUGGAGGCUAUGAGAUCUCCUUGCUCGAUAACUCACGUUUGAUAACCCAGUACAAUUAUAGAUUUUGGGGGAGAUUUAAAAGUGGAACAAUUGUCAGCUGUAUGUACCUACUGAUUCAAUUUGAUCCCAUGGUAAUUGCUCACUUUUAGAAUUUUGUAAUAUUUUUCUUAUCCCAAAACUCUUUUGAAAUAUCCUCUAUUGUCUCCAGUUCAGAAACCUAUACAAAAGAGAAAAUAUUGAUUUCCAGUAAUUCUUUUUUUUCUUUUUUUUUUUUAGCUUCAACAAAUCAAAUAGAAGGAAACAGUGUGAUGCAUUCAGAUACAAUUUUUGGUGCCUUUGACUUGGGUACUUACCUCAGUAAGGAAGAACUGACAGAUACAGAGUGUAAGAUAACAUAUUAAGCUGUUGCUGAGAAGCAAGCAACUGAAUUCCUGGUUAACAGAUUACUUGUGAUGAUUAUAUACACUACCGUGGAGGAAUACGUAUAUGUUACAUAUAAUGUUUGUGGGAGUUACAUUUUCACUUUUAAUUCAGUCUCACUCUCUUUAAUGAUGUGCCAGUAGAGGAGUUGGGUUGACAAAGACAAUUUGAGUUUCUAUCCCUAGCUUCCCUUCCUGAACCAAAAGUAGAGAAAUUGAAUUAAAUGCAGUAGCAGGUAAUAGCAGACAUUGUCCAAGUGUGUAAGGGCCAAUAAUUACAGGUAACCAAGGACAUGCAUGUCUCGGAAUUACUCUAAAAACGAAAGGAAUCCUAGCUCUAUGCUUAAUUUUAGAAAAUUAUUUCAUAUAGAAGAAAAAACACUGCGGAAUUGUGGAUUAUGGGAAUAAAAUAAUGCAUACACAUUACUCUGAAGAAUCUCAUACGCUCUUUACCAUCUCUAUCUGUAUCUCUUCUUCCUCGUCUGUAUCUUUCUUUCUCCCCCUAAGUCUGUUUUACCUCUUUAGCAUGGGUAAGUGUUCUAGCAUUACUUAAUUACAUAUUUUACUGUUAGGGUUAAAGCUAGGGUUAGUGUUAGUGGUUAAAUGAUCACUCCUAACACUAUCCCCUAUAAUACCUGUAGUCACUGGGCGCCAUGUUACCUUCAUGGGUUAAACCAUUUUCGGACAGUUUAAUCGUAAAGUUUGUAGUUCGGGUGCCUGUCCUCUCUGACUCCUGUCUCCUCCUUCGGUUGUCAUACAGUCUUGAAAUGUUUGUCUUGACAACUGGUGAUAAUCUGAGAGAAUUAAUUGACACUCUUAGUUUAUCAGUGGCCCAUUAUUACUUAUUGCAGUGGGUGGGCAGUGAUAGGCUGAGACCAUAUGUGAGACUUCAUGGAUUGAAGGAUGUAAGGACAGAGGUGGCUGAGCUGUUGGGUGCCAGUGUACAACUUUGGGGUUAAACUAUUGAAAAAUGGUUCCUUAUUCUUUUUAGACUUAUGGACUCCCCUUCAUUUAUUUUUGUAAAGAACAUUUACAUAAAAUAUACCUUUAUUCAGUGCCUGGACAGAUUCCUGAUCAAAUAUACUACUGCUUAAGCCUGAUCAUAUAUACUACUGCUUAAGAAUUUCUGUCAUUAACAUUGAACCCUGUUGUCCAGCUUCUAUCACCUAUUAUCUUAUUUCCCAGCAUGAUGCUUGUGCUGACUGGCAGGAGUAUGUAUGACAUAUAAUAGAAAUAUAGAAAUGGUGGCAUUUAAAAAAAAAUGUAUGAUAAUUAUACUGAGUAUAAGAUUUUAUCUAUAAAUUGUGCUACUUAUUUUACAAAUGUGUAGAUUUGGAGAAAAACCUAUUUAAAAAAUAUUUUUUUCUCCUAGCUGUUAGUCACUGCCUCGUCUAGCCUCUCCAUUUCUAGCGCUAGCUAGGGGUUAUAGGAACGGAAUGACGUGACAUCACUCCAUUCUGACAUUGGCAAGCUGAAGCAUAACCCUAACAUGCAGAGUUUAGGAUAGCAAGGAACGGACUAAGGAAAUAUAAACGUCUUACUAGGCCUUAGAGUGGCCGGACCUAAUGUUAGAGUAAAGCGUAGUCGAAAUACAAGCCAAGGUCAGGGUAGUAGAGAGACAGCGAAAACGAGAACUAGCCAGAGUAAGGUUCACGGUAAUAAUCAGAGGGGCAAACAAGACAGGCAAGGGUUAAAACGAAACUCAGAAACAAACCUAAGGUCAGUACCAGAAUACAAUACUAUAUCACAAGGAACGCACUAAAGAGUACUGGGAACAGAAACCACAAUAGGGCACAGAUUCUAGGGCCAGGUAAGUUUAAAUACCUUUAUGUUUAAUUUGAUUGGUCCACGUCAUGCCUGCUCCCCAAAAUGUGCGUGAAUAGGAGCGCCACAAUUACGUGGGCCAGUGGGAGCCAACCGCAAGGUAAUGCUCCCAUUUCCCCUUUAAGAACGUGCUCGCAAUGCAAGCAGCGGUCCCAAUCCUGUACGGGCUGCGUGCCCGAUCAGACUGUUCAGUGCGUGUGCCCUGCCAGGAGUGUUUGAGUGCAUGCAGCUCGCUGGGAGGCAGGAGUGCGGCUCGAUCGGAGGACCCCUGCCGGCACGCGGACCAGGUAGCCCAGAGGCGGGUGUUACAUGAAGAGUUACAUUAAUGAAGCGGAACUUUUACAGAGGAAAGGUGAAUAAAUCUCUGUAUUUUACAUCAUGUAUCUUUGUGACAUAUAGUAUUUUCAAAGUAUACAGGAGCGAUUUCAGGUAAGCACAUUUUUUCACAACAGGUUUCUUUUAAUUAGCUAAAAGGGUAUUUACCUACAUCUCAGAGCCAGUUACAAAGGACUCCAGAAAAUGUAAGUGCAAUUGCCUUCCAUUACUUGUUAUGCUUCUGUAUCUUCUGUUGUCUGCAUAUCUCUCUACCACAGCAAAAGAGUGUGGUGGAACCAAUGAAAACACAGUUUACCCCAUUUCUUAGAGCCAGGAUUUUUUGACUUUAUACAUUUAGUAUGAAUUUUCACUGUUCUUUAUUGCAUCACUUAUGUAUUUACAGUAUUACACUUGGUGAAUUUAGUUUUUUAGUUUAUUAGCGCUCCAACUUUUUCUCUUUUUUGUUUUACUGUUCAAGUGUGUUUUUCCAUACUUAUUUGUGUAUACAGUAUAGGAAUGAUUAUGCACAGUUAUAGAAGCAUUUUGGUUAGUAUAUGGUGUAUCACUUGAUUUUCUUUAUACUUAGGAGUAUGUUUAACAAGUAUAAGUUGUCAAUAUAUAUACACUAGUUUCUUUACAAGUUAGCUAAUGUUAAACCUCACCUCUCAGGUGUAUUAACUGCUGUCACAGUAAAUCAAAGUUAUGCAGAAUUGCCACUUCAUUCUUGUUUUCUUAUUAUAAUUCCUGCUGGCAGGUAGUUUAUGAAGUGAAACCUUGCAUUCUAAAUAUGUGGUUUCACUGUGACCAAAUAUAAGAGAUAUGUGCCAGUGCCUCACAAAUCUCCCAAGAUCUGACAGGCAUCUAACAAUACAUACAUUUUUAAAAAUAUGAUAUUACUGGUGUAAGAAUAAAUUCAGUGUGAAUUGCGUAGCCUUAAAUCUAAAUUCUAUUUUUAUAUUGAACUUGUACCCAGAAAAAUAAUGUGAGUGUUUUCACUUUCUAAGUCUUAGAGAUACACUCCAAGUACCAUAAAGAAUAUAACUCGCUGUACAUUAUAGUAAUUAUGAUGCAGGGGUGUUCUGGUGCUCCCCUGAGUGUAAGUAGAGAAAUUGUUUAGAAAUGGUAUGAUCUCUUACCUGGGGUCUGUCAGGUGCCACUACCCACUUCCACUAUUAAUAAUGGAGACCCGUGUGUCCCCAUGAAGGAGCUUCUAUUUGCUCCCCUUAGCUACACCCUGUAGAACAGGGCUAGCUCAUGGCUGAUAGUCCCGUCUGAUUCACCUCUUUGCCAUCACUAGUGGAGGUUGGGAGAGGCACCUGUUCACCACCGGUAAUACAUCAAAUCAUAGAAGUUUGAAGCUGAUAAUAUGAUGAUUGUCCAAUAAUGUAUCACAUUCUGUGUCUUGGUAUGAAUAUUCAAAACUUUUCUAUAGCCAAGCAUCAUAUAUUUGCAAACAGCUAUCCAAAAGACUUAAAGUAUUUAACAUUAUAAUGAACAGUCAAAAUAUAAAUUAGUACUUUGUAAGAUAAUGGUCAUUCCCUAUUCCCUGCUUUGUUGUUUCAUUGUGCUUGUAUCCGAUAAUGUGUUUCUUUACAUUCCUUAAAGGAUAACCCAGUAUCUAUGAUGGCACAUUUGUAUAAAAAGAAACAAAACUUUAAACAAUUAUUUAUUUUCAUCAAUAUAGUGGUGAUGGUCGUUCUGGAGGUAAUUCAUCAAAUAAACUAAAUUGCUAACCAGAUAAUUAUUACCAUCUCUUGACCCAAUUAACAAAUCCCCCACUUUUCAUUCGUAGUUGUUUUCCUCUUUCCUUCCUAUUGUAGUGGUUAAACUAAAUGCGCUGAUUAUAAACAGAUUUAAAAAAAAAUUAACUACCUCCAUUUGGAAAACAUAACAUUUUCCUGGAAGUUCUUGAAUGCAGUUAUAUGCAAAUUAGUUAUCAAUAUGUCAAUUAACAUACCAGACCUCAUUUUUACAGAUUAGCUUGGCAACUGUCUUCUAUUUUAUACACAGCUAAAAGGUUAGGGUUUACAUGAACCAUUCGGUCUAUCCAUAGACCAAAUUAAGUGGACAUAUUAAGGCUUCAGAACUUUGUUCACUGCAGAGGAGAUUGAGAAUGCAAUGUAAAAAACACUCUCCAAUGUACUACAGUAUUUCUGAGUGUACAAUAUACCAUACAUAAGAUGGACAUUUUUUUUCUUCUCCAUCAAAAUAAUGAAUGCUUGACUACCUUAUGUUGUGGAUCACAAAUUCAGUUGCUAAAAUAAUGGUUGCGUGAAUGUGAAUAUGAUGUAAUCUGACAUACUGUGAAUUAUUCUUUAUUUUUGUAUGAUCAGAUCUAGAUUCUAUUUUCGGUCCUUCUCCACCAGUUUCACUAUUAAAUCCAAACAGACGUUUUAAGAAACCUCCAGCACCCUUCAAGCGAUAUAAAUCAAAACGUUACAAUCCGUUGCGUUUUAACGAGGUGAGUGUUCAUUGUAUGGUGCUGCAUGUUAUAAUGUGAUUUAGGUUUUGGUCAGUGCAUACAGUUAUAGCAAUUAAUUUGGUUCGGUUUGGCACUUCCAGAAUUCAGGACUUCGGUAAUUCGGGACUUCGGCAAUUCGGCACUUUGGUUCGGUACUUCCGAAAUUCGGGAAUUCAGCAAUUCGGGACUUUGUCUCUGGUUCUGUUCUGCACUUCCGAAAUUCGGGACUUCAGCAAUUCGGGACUUUGGCAAUUCGGGACUUCGGCAAUUCCCUAAUUUAACCCCUUAAGAACACAUGACAUGUGUGACAUGUCAUGAUUCUCUUUUAUUCCAGAAGUUUGGUCCUUAAGGGGUUAAGGGAACCAGAGUUGUGUGCCUCAGAUUGUAAAAGGCAGGGUUCUUAUACUCUUAUACUAUAGAUACAAGGGAUUGUCCUUGAGAAAUAUCACAUCAGUGUGCAUUCACUGACAGAAAAGCUGCCAUUGACAGGACUGUAUAAAUAAGUGACAGCAUGAAGGCAAAACAAUUAGCAUAUAAUUUAUGAAGGGAAAUGGACAGACAGAUCUCUUCUAGGGAUCUGGGAACAAACAACCCAGGGAUAUACAGAGUUAGCUAUGCUCUCUAUCAUUCCUCCCCCUUCUUUACUAUAAACUAUAAGCAAUCAGUGUUCUACUGUAUUGUGACGACAGCAUAGUUUAGCUAUUGAUUUUAUAUAUUUUUUGGUUUAUUGGAUUUGUGGCUACAUAUGUCUUGAAAGCAGUAGUAAAACUGCUGUUUUACUGUUUAAUUUGCUAAUGUGUUUUGUCUGGAUGGACAAGAUUUGGUGAAAAUUGCCUAAUUUCAACCGGAAUGAGAAUUCUCAUAUUUACUAGAAACAAUAUCAGUUGGAAUUCAGUCAACACCACUGAAUCUCCAUUAUUCGAACAGUCACAUUCAGUGUCAAGUUUAAAAUCUGUGCUUUUCACAUCCGUACAGAGUCUGCAAUAUUUACAAAUCAUUGACUAUAAAUAGAAUUGAGAAUGAAUGCAUCCGGUAUGAUGCAAAUGUUAAAAUCAUUGUUCACUUGCUUUUUGCAAAUGAACAAAAAAUGUAAGUAUUAUUUGCCCAUAGGCAACACAAGAACCCAGCUUCCACAUAUUGAAAAAAAACUAAAUACUAAAAAGUAUUGUUGUCCAGUCGAUAAAGCUUCAUGGGAUACCAAACCCCAACCCUCCACCCCUUCCCUCAUGCAUGGGCAGUGGGUGGAGGUGUAAAUUCAAUAAUGGAGGGUGGACAGAUUGUACUCCUACCUCUGGCUCCCACCUGUGGCCAGUGAGGUCUAAAAUAAAAAAAGAGGGGACAUGCUCUCUUAUCCCCAUGUCCCCAUCCAUAAACCACUGUCCUUAUCCGGUCUCCAUCCAUAGUAAGAGGGUGGGGGGGCUAUUACCUUUAAUUUUACUCGAUAAUACAACAUUGAUCAUUUCUCCUUUAAGAUUUUUUCUACAGAACAGAAAAGUGAUAAGGCAACAAAGGAGAAGAUGAAAGCAGAGAAUGGAUCACUCAGAAGAAAAACGCACUUUUUGGGAAUUGGUGGGAUGUUGUCAUUACCUGUACCAGUUGAUGGUCCUUUGUUUAUAUCCGAGGAUGCUAAAUAA